GAGUUGGAAGCGUUAGAAGUCUCAAGACAGUAUUGGUUUAAAUUUGUUUGUGUUUUAUUAAGCAGCGUGAUAUUUAAUACUAUUUUUCUGAAAGAAGCAAUUUAGUUAAACUAUAUCAAUUAAAAUGGGGAUGUUAUAUACUAAAAGUAAGAAGCCAAAGAGUAAGGUUACAGAAUACGACAAAGCUCUUUUGCAACUAAAGCAGCAGAGAGAUAAUAUAAAAAAGUAUCAGAAGAAAAUAGAAGAAAAUCUGCAAAACGAUAGAAAGCUUGCACGGAAACUUCUGAAAGAUGGACAGAGAGAUCGUGCGAAGAUAGUGCUGAGGAGAACAAAAUGGCAAGAGGAAAUUCUUCAAAAGACUGAUGGCCAGCUGAAUACCUUGGA